AUGUCGCCCAGUGCUGCGGGUACAGUGCCGAACGGCGCCAGUUUUGAGAAGCUCGACGUGGACGACCUUACUGCCCACGUCAUCAAAGUGUCCUCAAACAUCGACAACGAAAGAGUCAAAUUCAUCUUCAGCAGGCUUAUCCAGCAUUCGCACGACUUCAUUCGUGAGACAGAUAUUCAACGUCAUGAGUGGGAAGCCGCAUGGCAGUUCUUGACCGACGUCGGACAAGCCUGCCAUGCAGAGAGACAGGAAUUCAUCCUCCUGUCAGACGUGCUCGGUAUAUCUGCUUUGGUGGACCAGAUCAACAGUCGGCAGCUGCCAGGCUGCACCGAAUCGUCGGUUCUUGGGCCGUUUCACAACGACUCGCACGAGUUCAAUCACGGAGACAGUAUCUCGUCUGUCGGGGCCGGCGAAUCCAUGCUCAUCCGCGGAACGGUCAAGAAUCGGAAAGGAGAGCCCAUCGAGGGAGCUCUACUAGACAUCUGGGAAACCAACGGUAAUGGCAAGUACGACAUGCAGGACCCUGAGACGGGUGGCCCAGAUUGUCGAGGCAAAUUCUACACUGAUGGUGAGGGACGCUUUUACAUCAACGGCGUCCACCCGGUCGACUAUCCUGUGCCUUUCGAUGGUCCCGUCGGCAUUAUUCUGGACCUUUUGAAUCGACAAGCCUAUCGACCAGCUCAUGUGCACUUUUUGAUCAGUCACCCUUGUUAUGAGAGACUCAACACGGCAUUGUACGACCGAACCAGCCCUAGGAUAUUCCGCGAUCCUGUAUUUGGAACGAAAAGCAGCUUGGUCAAGGACAUCGAGUGGAUCGAAGAUAAGGAAGAAGCCAGAUUGUACAACACCAAGACAUUUACCCGUGUCGUCGACGGACGCGAGUCCGAGGGCUUUUGGUUGCUCGAGCAUGAUUUCAUUUUGGCCGAGGUUCAAGAAAAGCAGAACUUGAAGACUCGGCUAUGA